AUGAAUUUAUCAAGUUCAUGUAUUUUAGCAACUUCAUCAGUAGCAAAUCGUUCAUCUGGUACAAUAAUUAUACCAGCGAUGAAAAAUUCUUCAUCAAUUAAUAAAAAUCUUAUAAAUCCUUUACAUAUUGGUGAUGCUUCUGUACAAAAAUUACGUACAAUAACAACAACACCAGUUAUUAAAACAUCAUAUGAUACAAUGAAUACAAAACCUACGGUUUUCAUUAUGAAUAAUAAUAAUAAUAACAGUUCAAUCAGAACAGAAUCACAACAACAACAACCAAUGACUGUUAAUCGUCUUUUAUUAACUAAUAAUAAUCCUAUAAAUUCAACAAUAAUUAAUGGACAAAAUACAAUUAAUUUUACUACACUUGUUAAUAAUUUAAAUACAUUAAAUCAAAUAGCUCUAUUACAAUCAACAAAUUCUAAUGUAUCAACACAAAAUAGUAUAACAAAACUUCUUGAAACACCUAUCAAUGCUAUUCAACCAUCAUCAUCAUAUACUGAUUUUAUGAUUUCAUCAACUAAUAAAGAAAAUCAAAAUGAACAAGUUUUUACUAAAACAAAAACAUUAGUUGAAUUAUUAACAAGUUCAAAUAUUCAACCACCAUCAUAUUUUGGUUCAUCAUUAAUUGAACCAUCAACAAAAACACCAUAUUCUGAUGCUACAUGUACACGAUCGAAAAAACGUAUUAAUCGUAUAAAACGACCAAUGAAUGCAUUUAUGGUUUUUUCUCAACUUGAACGUCGAAAAAUUGUACAAUUAGCACCGGAUAUGCAUAAUGCUGAAAUAUCAAAAUAUUUAGGUGCACGUUGGAAACGUUUAACAGAAAAUGAACGACGUCCAUUUAUUGAUGAAGCUGAACGUUUAAAAAUGCUUCAUCUACGUGAAUAUCCAGAUUAUAAAUAUAAACCACGUAAACGUUUAAGAAAAUGUUUAUUAACAAAUAAUUCAUCAAUACAUAUUGAUAUAUCAGAUACAUCGUCUGAUGCAUUAUUAACAUCAAAAUUAGAAACAAAUAAUAAUAAUAAUAAUGAAAAUUCAAAUAUUGAUGAUUCAUUAUUAUCAUCAUCACAACAACAACAAUUUGAUCCACUUUUACUUGAUGCACUUGCUACAGCUGAUCCACAAACACAAGAAGCUUUUUUUAAUCAACUUCAAACACUUGGUGAUUUCAAAUUAUGGGCUGAUCUGGAUUUAUCAAAUAUCGAUGUAGCUUUUUAA